AAUUAUGAAGAGGAGAUGGAGAAUACUCUAGAGCCUGCAGAAUAUGAAGACCCAGGUGUCCUUGGGCCUCCUGUGGAGGAGCCAGCAGCUUACUACACAGAGCCAGUGGGCACAGACGACCACAUCGAACCAGAAGCCACAGACUAUUUUACCCAGCCAGCAGCCACAGACUACUACAUCGAGCCAGCAGCCACAGACGACCACACUGAACCGACAGCCACAGACUAUCACACCACCUCACAACCAACUAUCCACAAGGUCUGUGUGGAGCUGCAGGAACUGGUGAUGGAUGAGAAGAACCAGGAGCUACAGUGGAUGGAGGCAGCACGUUGGGUGCACCUGGAGGAAAACCUGAGGGCGGAUGGGACCUGGGGCCGCCCGCACCUGUCCUUCCUCUCCUUCUGGAGCCUCCUGCAGCUGCAGAGAGCCUUCACUAAGGGCACUGUCCUCCUGGACCUGUCGGAGACCUCCCUGGCCGGGGUGGCCAGCCAGCUGCUGGACAGGUUUAUCUACGAGGAGCAGAUCCGGCCUCAGGACCGAGAGGAGCUGCUCCGGGUCCUGCUGCUCAAACGCAGCCAUGCUGGAGACCUAGAGGCCCUGGGGGGUGUGAAGCCCGCAGUUGUGACACGUUCUGGGGGUGCUUUACAGCCUCUGCUCCCCCAGCACCCCUCACUGGAGACACAGCUCUUCCACGAGCAGGAAGAAGAGGGCACAGAAGGGCACGUGGCAUCUGGAAUCAUGGAGGACUCCAUUCCCCAGGAUUCAGAGGCUGCCUUGGUGCUAGUGGGUCGAGCAGUGUUCCUGGAGCGGCCAGUGCUGGGCUUCGUGCGGCUGCUGGAGGCCGUGCGGCUGGACGCCGUGCAGCUGCCCUUGCCCGUGCGCUUCCUCUUCGUGCUGCUGGGACCCGAGGCCCCGCACACCGACUACACCCAGCUUGGUCGGGCUGCUGCCACCCUCAUGUCGGAGAGGGUGUUCCGCACUGAUGCAUACCUGGCCCAAAGCCAGGCAGAGCUGGUGCACAACCUGGAGGACUUCCUGGACUGCAGCCUGGUGCUGCCUCCCUCAGAUGUCCCCUCCGAGCAGGCUCUGCUCAGUCUGGUGCCUGUGCAGAAGGAGCUGCUGCGGAGACGCUACCUGCCCAGCUCUGGCAAGCCAGACCCCAGCUACUACAAGGGCCUAGAUUUAAAUGGGGGCCCAGGGAUCCCUGGUGGCCCCGAUGACCCUCUGCAGCGAACAGGCUGGCUCUUUGGGGGCCUAGUGCGGGACAUCCGGCGCCGCUACCCCCGCUACCUGAGUGACAUCACAGACGCGCUCAGCCCCCAGGUCCUGGCUGCCGUCAUCUUCAUCUACUUUGCAGCCCUGUCACCGGCCAUCACCUUUGGCGGCCUCCUGGGAGAAAAGACCCGGAACCAGAUGGGCGUAUCGGAGCUGCUCAUCUCCACAGCUGUGCAGGGCAUUCUCUUUGCCCUGCUGGGGGCUCAGCCCCUGCUUGUGGUUGGCUUCUCAGGACCCCUCCUUGUGUUUGAGGAAGCCUUCUUCUCGUUUUGCGAAACGAAUGGCCUGGAGUACAUCGUGGGCCGUGUGUGGAUCGGCUUCUGGCUCAUCCUGCUGGUGGUGCUCAUGGUGGCCUUUGAGGGCAGCUUCCUGGUUCGCUUCAUCUCCCGCUACACUCAAGAGAUCUUCUCCUUCCUCAUCUCUCUCAUCUUCAUCUUUGAGACCUUCACCAAGCUGGUCAAGAUCUUCCAGAACCACCCACUGCAGAAGCAUUACCACCACAACGUGACGAUGGUGCCCAGCCCUCAGCUUCCCUUGCCUAACACAGCCCUCCUCUCCCUUGUGCUCAUGGCCGGCACCUUCUUCUUAGCCAUGGUGCUUCGCAAGUUCAAGAAUAGCUCAUACUUCCCCGGCAAGCUACGACGGGUCAUCGGGGACUUUGGCGUUCCCAUCUCCAUCCUGAUCAUGGUCCUGGUGGAUUUCUUCAUCCAGGACACCUACACCCAGAAACUCAGUGUGCCUGAGGGCCUCACGGUGUCCAACUCCUCAGCUCGGGGCUGGAUCAUCCACCCGCUGGGCUUGUAUUCCCACUUCCCCAUCUGGAUGAUGUUCGCCUCCGCCCUGCCUGCCCUGCUGGUCUUCAUUCUCAUCUUCCUUGAGACCCAGAUCACCACGCUGAUUAUCAGCAAACCGGAGCGCAAGAUGAUCAAGGGCUCUGGCUUCCACCUGGACCUGCUGCUGGUCAUGGUCAUGGGUGGGGUGGCUGCCCUCUUUGGGAUGCCCUGGCUCAGCGCUACCACCGUGCGUUCUGUCACCCACGCCAAUGCCCUCACCGUCAUGGGCAAAGCCAGCACCCCAGGGGCUGCAGCCCAGGUCCAGGAGGUCAAGGAGCAGCGGAUUAGUGGGCUCCUGGUCUCUCUGCUUGUGGGCCUGUCUAUCCUCAUGGGGCCCAUACUGUCCCUUAUCCCCCUGGCUGUGCUGUUUGGCAUCUUCCUCUACAUGGGGGUCACAUCCCUCAGUGGCAUCCAGCUCUUUGACCGAAUCUUGCUUCUGCUCAAGCCACCCAAGUACCACCCGGAUGUGCCCUACGUCAAGCGGGUAAAGACCUGGCGCAUGCACUUGUUCACGAUCAUCCAGAUCAUCUGCCUGGCGGUGCUGUGGGUGGUGAAGUCCUUCCAGAGCACCUCGCUGGCCCUGCCUUUCAUCCUAAUCCUCACAGUGCCCCUGCGCCGCUUCCUGCUGCCGGUCAUCUUCAGGAAUCUGGAGCUCCAGUGUCUGGAUGCUGACGAUGCCAAGCCGACCUUUGACGAGGAGGGUCAGGAUGAAUACGACGAGGUGCCUAUGCCCAUGUGAGGGGGGCCCUGGCCCCGGAGCCCCCUUCACCACCCCACUUCCCCACUCUCUCAGGAAAACAGUUCAUGGUCAUCUCAUGGACUCCCAGUUCCCUCCUGGGGCAGCAGGUGGGGCCCCAGGGCUGGGGGUGGGGGAAGGAAAGGGCAUCUAGGAAACCUUCCACGAAGAGCAGACUGGCUCUUCAGGCUGGAGAUGGCCAGCGGGACCCACAUUAGGGGAUUGUUGCCCAGGCCCCCUUGCUGCCACCCUGCCACAUGGUAUCCCAUGCUGGGAGACUUAGAUCUGAGCCCCACCUCCUCAUGCACACGCGGGGUCUGUAGCAAGGGCGGUAAUGGGGGGUGGAGUUCAACUCCCUGCUUGCUGUGUGACUUGGGCAAGUCCCUUGACUUCUCCAGCCUCUGUUUCCUCUUCUGUAAAAUGGGUAUUUUUAUAAUGAUGCCCACCUAACGGGAGGGUUACUGAGGACCAAAGAUAAAUGUGAAAAAAGGGCUUUAUAAACUCAAGCAAAUA